AGAUGGAAGUUUAAAAAUAAAAGAGAGGUUGGAAUGGAAUGUGAGAUUGGAAUGAGGGGUUUAAAUACGGUCUCAUGUUGGUCACGCGUAAGCAAUCAUCCCUGCAGCUGCUUUACUAUCACAUUGCAUUGAAACAGGCUGAAUUAGCUAUCGAGUGCCGGUCUGUGAAACAAUUGGUUAUAGCGUCCUACAAGGUUCACAGCCCGUGCCACGCUUAUCAAAAGCGUCUGUUUCGAAACGUCGUAUAAGAAACGCCACUCUCCCUGCCAAUUUUCACCAUCGUUAUCGAACAACAAAAAUGUCUUCCCUUUCUAUCUUCGUGGGAGUUCUCUCCCUAUCAACAUUUACACUCGCGGCGGGUAACACACCUGGUCUUCCUCUUGUUAUUAAUACUUGGGGUGACGAUUUCACUGCUGCUACGGAUGCGGCCUUCACCGCGCUGGGGAAGAAGGCUUCUGCUCUUGACGCGGUUGAAAUUGGAGGUACGACGUGUGAGAACAAGCAGUGCGAUGGGAGUGUAGGCUUUGGAGGAAGUCCUGAUGAGAACUGUGAAACUACACUCGAUGCGAUGAUCAUGGAUGGUGGGAGUAUGAAUUCUGGUGCGGUUGCUGCUCUGCGUCGCGUUAAGAGUGCGAUUUCUGUUGCUCGACAUGUCCUUGAUCAUACUACCCAUUCUCUCAUCGUCGGAGACCAAGCCACAGAGUUUGCUAUUCAAAACGGCUUCAAGACUACGAGCCUGUCUACCAAAAACUCCGAUAAACAGUGCAAGGACUGGAAGGCCAAGAAGUGCCAGCCCAACUAUCGCAUCAACGUCAGCCCAAACCCAGCAUCAUCAUGCGGUCCCUACAAGCCCCUUGCCACCCUCACAACAAGCACCAUGAAAACCAAUAAACAAACCGGCCACGAUACCCUCUCUCUCAUCACAAUCCACAAAGACGGCUCCAUGGCAGCAGGAACAACAACAAACGGCGCCUCGCACAAAAUCCCCGGACGCGUUGGCGACGGCCCCAUUGUUGGAAGCGGCUCCUACGUCGACAGCGACAUUGGCGGCUGCGGAGCCACAGGCGAUGGCGACGUCAUGCUUCGCUUCCUCCCAUGCUACCAAGCCAUCGAAGGUAUGCGCAACGGCCUUUCACCAAAAGAAGCAGCCGAGGAUGCAGUUCUUCGCAUGGUUCGCAAGUACGGCGAUCUCAAGAGCGGCAUCGUCGUCGUGGAUCGGUACGGAAACCAUGGUGCUGCAUGCAGUGGGUGGAAUUUCCAGUACAGUUACAGAGGAGGAAAGAUGACCAAAACAAAAGUCGUUACUGUGAAGCCGGUGCAGGAGGUUUAACGAGCAUCGAGCGCAGCAGCAUGUUUGUAUUUUAGUUAUAUCAAUCGACAACAGUUAUGCCUUUGACUUUAGUAGCGAUUUAGAUAUCCAAAAACAAAAAUGGAGA